GCCAAUGGUGUCACUCCAGCUGUCAUGUAAUCAGGUGGGGCAUACUCCAGAACCACCUAGUUUGAAACACCUGGCCAUCCUGAUAAUGUUUGCAAUAUCAUAUCCAGAUUUCAGCCACACAAGCAAUGCCAUGUGGCAACAUCUGUCAAUAAUUAUCAUCAUGCUAUCGCUUUCAUUAUCUUGUAUGAUAGUAUUUUAUUGGAGCUCAAGACCAGCAAGGAGGAGGGCAAAACAAGCAGAGAGCAGAUCAAGCAAAGCUUAAACACUAAUUAAUCAUGGCAACCAGCUCAGUUAUGGCUUCAUCAAUGAGCCUGAAACCAGCUCCUUUUACAGUCAAGAAACCUUCUCUCCCAAGUCUUUCAAGGAGAUCAUCUUUCAAAGUUGAGGCUAGUCGUUCGAGGAAGUCCAAGACUGAUCAGCCUUAUGGAAUCAAUGGUGGCAUGGAUUUAAGGGGUGGGCUUGAUGCUUCUGGGAGAAAGGGCAAGGGAAAGGGAGUGUACCAAUUUGUUGACAAAUAUGGUGCUAAUGUUGAUGGAUACAGUCCUAUCUACGACCCCAAGGAUUGGUCUCCAAGUGGUGAAGUUUAUGUUGGAGGCACUACUGGUUUGUUGAUCUGGGCUGUUACCCUAGCUGGCCUUCUUGCAGGGGGAGCACUUCUUGUUUACAAUACAAGUGCCUUAGUACAGUAGAGUUCUGUCAUCAUAUCCUAUCCUAAUCUCUGUGUAUUACUUUCCCUUUUGAUGAAUUCGCCUGUACCUUGUAACAAUUUCCGUGGAUUAAUAAUAAUUAGUGUAAGAUCUA